AUGAUCAUUAACGGGGCAUCUGACCCCAUUUCAUGUCGUUGUUUUCCUUCCUUUUUAUAUGGACCCGCACUUGACUGGUUUUGCUCUUUACCUGCAGAUUCUAUUUCGCGCUUCCAGGAACUCGCAAAGCAGUUUGAAGACCAUUUCGCAGCGUCAGCAAUUUACCUACAUGAUUCUGAUUACCUGACUACCAUUAAGCAAGGUCCGCAAGAAAGUUUGAAGGACUAUAUUUCCUGUUUCACAAAGAUCGCCAUGCGAAUCACUGAUCUUCACCCAGAGGUCCACUUGCACGCCAUUAAAAGCGGCCUCCGCCCUGGCAAAUUCCAAGAAGCUAUUGCAGUAGCCAAGCCAAAGACUCUGGCCAAGUUUAGGGAGAAGGCCAAAGGACAGAUAGACAUCGAAGAGCUCCGUCAAGCACGAUGA